UGGGAGGGGCGGUGCGCCCGCCACCCGUCUGGGACCGCAGCUACUCGGCCGGAGUGCAGGGUCCGAAUCCGCGCGACGGCCCACGCCGGACAGGUCCCCGGAUGAGAAGGAGCUGACGGCAGCCGAGAGUCACCUUCUCUGAGUGCGGCGGAGCGGGGCUGUGUGGCCUAGGCGGCACCCAUGCCGAAGAACAGCAAGGUGACGCAGCGUGAGCACAGCAACGAGCAUGUCACGGAGUCGGUGGCCGACCUGCUGGCCCUCGAGGAGCCGGUGGACUACAAGCAAAGCAUCCUGAACGUGGCGGGUGAGGCCGGUGGCAAGCAGAAGGCGGCAGAUGAGGAGCUGGAGGCUGAGGACCGGCCGGCCUGGAACAGCAAGCUGCAGUACAUCCUGGCCCAGAUUGGGUUCUCUGUGGGCCUGGGCAACAUCUGGAGGUUUCCCUACCUGUGUCAGAAAAAUGGAGGCGGUGCAUACCUUGUGCCCUACCUUGUGCUGCUGGUCAUCAUCGGGAUCCCGCUCUUCUUCUUGGAGCUGGCUGUGGGCCAGAGGAUCCGCCGUGGCAGCAUCGGUGUGUGGCACUACGUGUGUCCCCGCCUUGGGGGCAUCGGCUUCUCCAGCUGCAUAGUCUGCCUCUUUGUUGGGCUGUAUUAUAACGUGAUCAUCGGGUGGAGUAUCUUUUACUUCUUCAAGUCUUUCCAGUACCCGCUGCCGUGGAGCGAAUGUCCCGUCAUCAGGAAUGGGACUGUGGCAGUGGUGGAGGCAGAGUGUGAGAAGAGCUCAGCCACUACCUACUUCUGGUACCGAGAGGCCUUGGACAUCUCCAACUCCAUCUCGGAGAGCGGUGGCCUCAACUGGAAGAUGACCCUGUGUCUCCUGGUGGCCUGGAGCAUUGUGGGUAUGGCCGUCGUCAAGGGCAUCCAGUCCUCGGGGAAGGUGAUGUACUUCAGCUCCCUCUUCCCCUACGUGGUGCUCGCCUGCUUCCUGGUCCGGGGGCUGCUGCUGCGAGGGGCCGUCGAUGGCAUUCUGCAUAUGUUCACCCCCAAGCUGGACAAGAUGCUGGACCCCCAGGUGUGGAGGGAGGCGGCCACCCAGGUCUUCUUCGCCCUGGGUCUGGGCUUCGGGGGCGUCAUCGCCUUCUCUAGCUACAACAAGCAAGACAACAACUGCCACUUCGACGCCGCGCUGGUGUCCUUCAUUAACUUCUUCACCUCGGUGCUGGCCACGCUCGUGGUGUUUGCUGUGCUGGGCUUCAAGGCCAACAUCAUGAACGAGAAGUGUGUGGUCGAGAAUGCCGAGAAAAUCCUGGGGUACCUCCAUACCAACGUCCUGAGCCGGGACCUCAUCCCGCCCCACGUCAACUUCUCGCACCUGACUGCCAAGGACUACACGGAGAUGUACAAAGUCAUCAGGGCCGUGAAGGAGGACCGUUUCGCCUCCCUGGGCCUUGACCCCUGCCUUCUGGAGGACGAGCUGGACAAGUCCGUGCAGGGCACAGGGCUGGCCUUCAUCGCCUUCACCGAGGCCAUGACGCACUUCCCUGCCUCCCCGUUCUGGUCUGUCAUGUUCUUCCUGAUGCUUAUCAACCUGGGCCUGGGCAGUAUGAUUGGGACCAUGGCUGGCAUCACCACACCCAUCAUCGACACCUUCAAGGUGCCCAAAGAGAUGUUCACAGUGGGCUGCUGUGUCUUUGCAUUCUUCGUGGGGCUGUUGUUCGUCCAGCGCUCCGGAAACUACUUUGUCACUAUGUUUGAUGACUACUCGGCCACCCUGCCGCUGACCGUCAUCGUCAUCCUAGAGAACAUCGCCGUGGCCUGGAUCUAUGGAACCAAGAAGUUCAUGCAGGAGCUAACGGAGAUGCUGGGCUUCCGACCCUAUCGCUUCUAUUUCUACAUGUGGAAGUUCGUGUCUCCACUGUGUAUGGCUGUGCUCACCACGGCCAGCGUCAUCCAGCUGGGGGUCACGCCCCCAGGGUACAGUGCCUGGAUCAAGGAGGAGGCAGCCGAACGCUACCUGUACUUCCCCAAUUGGGCCAUGGCGCUCCUGAUAACCCUCAUCGUUGUGGCGACCCUGCCCAUCCCCGUGGUGUUCGUCCUGCGGCACUUCCACCUGCUCUCCGACGGCUCCAACACCCUCUCCGUGUCCUAUAAGAAAGGCCGCAUGAUGAAAGACAUCUCCAACCUGGAGGAGAACGAUGAGACCCGCUUCAUCCUCAGCAAGGUGCCCAGUGAGGCGCCGUCCCCCAUGCCCACCCACCGCUCCUACCUGGGGCCCGGCAGCACGUCCCCCCUGGAGACCAGCGGGAACCCCAAUGGACGCUAUGGAAGCAGCUACCUCCUGGCCGGCACCCCUGAGUCGGAGCUGUGACCACCGCCCCACACUCCCUGCCUGCCUCUCCCC